AUGGUUUUUUUUGUUGUUGACAUUUUUGACAAAUUUGACACUUUUUGACAAAUUUGCUCAAUUUUGACAAAAAAUAAAUAUUUUCCAUUUUUUUUGACAUUUUUGUUGUUUUUAGCAUUUUUUUUCCUAUUUAGCAAAAAUGUUCCAUUUUUGGACAUUUUUUCUUGUUUAGCAAAUAUAUUCGAAAUUUGCAAAAAUAUGCUAAUACUUUAG